ACAAUUCCCAGAGACUUCAGCUUCCUGGAGGUUCUCUUUUUUUACUCUAUCUCUUCUUGAGCUGGCUGGGCUUCGCCGACCAGCCGGCGCACAGCCACGACGUGACCCGUCGUGACCCGGCACAGGGUUUCCUCAGCGGCUCGUUUUCCUCCUCACUCAGUUAUCCCCUUUUCAGGCUGUCGCGGCUGGCCUGAGCGGUGACCUGGCGGGCCGCGCCUGCGCUCUGCCCCGUUUCCUGCCUGGCUGGUGGCGGCGGCCAUUUUGUUCAUCCUCCUCCUCCUCCUGCUCCUCCUGGUUGGAGCGCAGUGUCCGGAGCGGGCUGGGGGGAGAGAGCCCGAGAGCGGGGUUCGGUGCCUUUUCCUCUGUCCCCAGCCGGUGCCCGUAGCCCCCCUCCCCUUCCUCCCCACCCCCUCCCCUCCCCGGCCCUGCCCUCCCCCUUGUCCCGGGAUCGCUCCGUCGCACCCACCAUGAUGGAAGACGACGGGCAGCCCCGGACUCUAUACGUAGGUAACCUCUCCAGAGAUGUGACAGAAGUUCUUAUUCUUCAGUUAUUCAGUCAGAUUGGACCCUGUAAAAGCUGUAAAAUGAUAACAGAGCAUACAAGCAAUGACCCAUAUUGCUUUGUGGAAUUUUAUGAACACAGAGAUGCAGCUGCUGCAUUAGCUGCUAUGAAUGGGAGAAAAAUUUUGGGAAAGGAGGUCAAAGUAAACUGGGCAACAACACCAAGUAGCCAGAAAAAAGAUACUUCCAAUCAUUUCCACGUGUUUGUUGGGGAUUUGAGUCCAGAAAUUACAACAGAAGAUAUCAAAUCAGCAUUUGCCCCCUUUGGUAAAAUAUCGGAUGCCCGAGUAGUUAAAGACAUGGCAACUGGAAAAUCCAAAGGCUAUGGCUUUGUAUCUUUUUAUAAUAAACUGGAUGCAGAAAAUGCAAUUGUGCAUAUGGGAGGUCAGUGGUUGGGUGGUCGUCAAAUCAGAACCAAUUGGGCCACACGUAAACCACCUGCACCUAAAAGUACACAAGAAAAUAACACUAAGCAGUUGAGAUUUGAAGAUGUAGUAAACCAAUCAAGUCCAAAAAAUUGUACUGUGUACUGUGGAGGAAUUGCUUCUGGGUUAACAGAUCAGCUUAUGAGACAGACAUUCUCACCAUUUGGGCAAAUUAUGGAAAUCAGAGUUUUUCCAGAGAAGGGCUACUCAUUUGUCAGAUUUUCUACCCAUGAAAGUGCGGCCCACGCCAUUGUUUCGGUGAAUGGUACUACAAUUGAAGGACAUGUUGUUAAAUGCUAUUGGGGUAAAGAAUCUCCUGAUAUGACUAAAAACUUCCAACAGGUCGACUAUAGUCAGUGGGGCCAGUGGAGCCAAGUUUAUGGAAACCCACAACAGUAUGGACAGUAUAUGGCAAAUGGGUGGCAAGUACCACCUUAUGGAGUAUAUGGGCAACCAUGGAAUCAACAAGGAUUUGGAGUAGAUCAAUCACCUUCAGCUGCUUGGAUGGGUGGAUUUGGUGCUCAGCCUCCCCAAGGACAAGCCCCUCCCCCUGUAAUACCUCCUCCCAACCAGGCUGGAUAUGGCAUGGCCAGUUACCAAACACAGUGAGCUGGGACUCUAAACAAAAUGUAAUUCAUGAUAGCUUCAAUUUCCUUGUGACACUCUGAAGACAUGAAAGUAGACAUCGGAAAAUGAAAAUAUUUAUUUUAAAAAUUGAAAUGUUUGGAACCUUUAGCACAGCUUUGCUUUGGUGAAGGACACAUGUCUUCUAGUUCUGCCUUUUUAAGUUUUUGUUCAUGAUGGAUAUGAACAUGAUUUUUCUUUGUGUACAAAAACUACAAUAAAGUCAAUUAAGACAAUUCUGACUACAAAUUUUGAUAUAAUAGGAGAAAUGGGUAAUACAUUUUGAUUCUUAGAUACUAUUCCAUUUUUAUCUUGCUGUUCAGUAUUUUAACUCACUGUGUUUUUAAAAGAGCAAAAAAGGGAGGAUCAUGGAAAACUGGGAAUCACAAAUAAGUUCAUCUUGAACCUUGAUACUCCCCUCCCCUCCCCCAAGGUGGACCACAUUUGAAGUCAGCAGAAAAAAAGUGUGAUAUUGAGAAGAAAUGCAUGAUUUUGGAGUCGCUUUGGAGGAAAUACUUUCUCUGUGCCUAAAGAAACUGAAGCCAGACUGAUAAAAGAAAUUUUGCAACCUAAAUAAGGAACAGCAUUGUCUGACUUACUUGAGCAAAUAUCGGUGAUCCAGAUUAAGACAUAUUUUUAAAACUUUAAAAAGUGUUGAUUAUUAAAACUGUAGUAAAUUACAUUUCAUUUUGGGGGGAAAAUUCCAAGUAUGGUGUUUGUAUUAAAGUCAGACAGUCAUACUUAUGCUUUUACAUGAAGUUUAAAUGAUAUACAUUGUAAAUAUUGAAUACAGUGUUUAAAAAGCAUGCUUCAA